AUCAUAAGCCCCCAAGUCACACUCUGCCACAGAGACGAUCAUUGUGAUCAAUACUUGGGAAGUGGCACAGUGUUUGCAUCUAUUACCCAGUAUAUUACCUGCUGUGAAAGCCAGUCUUUAGCAGCAGCAGCAGCAGCGUCAAACAGCCAAGCAGCAACAGUCAGACGACAUCACCAUGAAGUCUAUAUAUUUACUGAUGUUCUGUGUCUUCCUCGUGAACGCCAAGCCAGACAGAAGGGUCAGAUCCGGGUCCGGACCGGCUGGAAAACAGCUUUCCGGCAGCAACGGCGCACCUUCCGAUGGAGCACCAGUGAAUCCGAAGCAUCACAGUGCAGGGCUCAAUAGUUGGGAAACUCUAAAUGACUGGUCUGGUCCCUUCCCUAACUCCCAUGGUUCCUUCGAAGACUCCCAUGGUUCCUUUCACGACUCCCAUGGUUCUUUCCACGACUCCCAUGACUUCCCCGGAAUUGUUGUCCCUAAAAAAUGUAGAAGAAGCGAGGAAUGCGCAGAGCACUUAGGUAAGUGUAGGAAAAAUCAAUGCAGAAGAACCGAGGUUUGGCAUCGCCACGGCUGCAGAGGUGGAGGCUGUCGCUGCUGCAUUCCAUUGAUCCGCCAGGCUGCAGCCAACGUGACUGCCAGCAACUCUGCCAACGACGCUGACAGCAAGACUGCCAACGGGACUGCCAGCAACUCUGCCAGCAACUCUGCCAGCGACUCUGCCAACGACACUGACAGCAAGACUGCCAACGAGACUACAAGCGAGACUGACAGUAAGACUACCAACGUGACUGCCAACGAAAUUAGCAAAUUGGUCAACAAGGACCAGGUUAAGGAGGAGCUUGUACUGCAAGAGAAAGGAGAGGGUGGCAAAGAGAAGGAAGAAACUGAAGAGAACCAAGGAGCAGACCAAGAAGAGGAGUAAAAGUGUUAUGUUGAUGGUGAGAGGAGGUAGAGGAGCAGGAGGAGGAGAAGUAAGGCUAGUUUCUAGUGAAUUUGGGCAGACUUCAGGCUGUGUAACUUUUAAAAUAUCGCGCGUCUGAGAUGAACUAGGACGAUGGUUCGAUCCCACCGUCCUGCUCUAAAUAGUUUCCCAUAGAUAUAUAUAAUUGUUAUUUCAUAGAGUAUAAUCCAAGAUAACAUGUAGAAUUAAAUAUAAUUCACUGGGAUCAUCGGAGAUUCUAACUCGAUCCUCAAAUAUUAAGGUAACAGUGGUCCAACCAACCAGUCUAUGGAGGAUCAUAAUAAGGAUCUUAAAAGCACCAAAAUGAUCCCCAACUGAGACUUCCCUGGAACACCACUAUGGUAUCUAGAGAGGCGUUGCAUCCCUUCAGCCAUGUCAUACACGAUGGGUAACAACAUGUGAGUUAUAGAAGAUAUUAUGUCUCUAGUCUCCAAAGCUUGAGACUGUUUUCCUCUGGCCUAGUUGGUACGAAAACAGUCUUGCACUCUUGAGGCCAUAGUUUGCAUAUCCUAUAAUUAAGGUGAUGUACUUGUUAUUAAAUUAAAGUCAUGAUAUACUUGAUAAAUGUGAUAUGCUGAGACAUAUUUGAUAUACUGAUGGUCUGAAGGCGCUCAGCUUCACUCUGGUCUGAUACAUUUAUCACCUAUUGGGUUUAAAUCGUCUUGGGUUUAGCUUUUAAAAUCCUCGCAAAUUUAUAUUUUUUCCCACCCUAAUAUAUUGUUAAUAUUUUAUUUGAAAUACUACAGUUUGUACUUACUGCUUUCUGCCUAAUUGACAUCAGCGCGAGAUAGCAAUGACUGGAAUGGAGGGAACAACUCAGUGCGGCCUUAUAAAUCAAUUUUAAUUAUUGAAACUUGAUCUGUAAGUUUGUUUUUUGACAUAUUUAAAUGUAUGCAACACAUAAUACAAAGUUCGGCCUUAUGAAAUCUUCCCUAAGUAAAAUGUCUUCAGUAUGACGAAAGGAUCUCCUCCUCUGUGAUGGAGUGUUCAGUGAAGGUAUUUGAUCAUGUUGCAAGCCUUUUGUGAUUAUCUCUAUUUGCAUUGUGCAAUAUUGGACGCCAUAUGUGGUUAUCCGAUGGGGUUAAAUGCCAUGUGUGGCUGUCAUGGCCCUGAUUAUACAAUACAAUACAAUACAAUACAAUUUUAUUUAGGUAAGGUACAUACAUACAAUAAAUAUUUACAAGGAUUGUUUAACUUAUAGGUAGAGCUAGUACAUACAAUGCCUAAAGCCACUAUUACGCAAAGCGUUUCGGGCAUGAAGAUAAACGCAAAGCGUUUCGGGCAUACCUUGUAACCUGUAACAUACAACUAUCCCAGUGUGCAUUAUAUAAUGUUGUAUACUUUGUGUGGCUAUUGCAGUGUAUAUUAUACUAUGUUGUCAGCCAUAAAUGGCUAUAUCCCAGUUUGUAUUAAAUCAAGUUUACAUGGAUGUAACAAAACCCCAUUUUAUUACACCCAUGUUAAAUAACCUAUUUAUAGGUAUUCUAGAGUGCGUUAUUAAAAGUGCAAAAGCUAUACAGAGAGUUGAUCCAAUCAUGGCUUGGUGCUGGUCUUGUGUAUACAUACAUAUCUCUGUUUGCUCUUAUUUUCAAUGUUCUGGUUUAUGGAUUGUUUCUAUGUUUAAGCAAAUAAAAUUGCAAAGAAAA